UUUAAAAAAGCCACAGAGCAUCGCUUGAAAAGUGAAAAGGAAAAUAAUAGCAGACUGCUCUUUCAAUACGGUCCACCUAUUAGUACCUAUGAAGCGCGCACACCAAUUGCCAACUACUUUGGAAAAAUGUAUAAAAGUCUACGAAACAUUUUUAUAACAUCCGGUGCUACGCAGGGCCUUCAUAUGGUGCUUUAUACUUUAAUUGAUUUAAAUAUUGUUUUCGUGGAUGAGAUCACUUAUAUGAUAGGUUUAGAUGUUAUAAGAUACCGUUGCGUCAGCAGCGCGGCCGAGAAUACCGGCACCGAGGACAAUUAUAGAGGACAAGUUGUAUCAAAUGAAAGUUUUUCCAAAAUUAUAGGUGCAGGCAUACGUUCAGGGUGGAUCGAAGCUCCUCACCGAAUGAAAGUCGUUUCAGAUAAAAGUGAAAUUACCAAUAGCGAUUACUAUAUGAAAAAUUACACCUCUUGUGGUGUCGUUUAUUCAAAUUUAAUUCAGCUCAAAAAAAUGUACGAUAUCUUCACCUACAUGACCUAAAAAGAACGCAUGUUGUCUACUAGCGAAAUUUUAAAGGAAAAUUUGCCGAAAGAUUGCAAUAUAUAACAAUCCAAAGGUGGCUGUUUUAUAUGGAUACGAUAACCUGAGCAAUGGAUUGCAGCAGAAUUUUUAGAAAUGUGCAUCAAUGAGGAGGAAAUGGUUUUUAUAGCCGGUCCACGCUUUGCUGCUACUCAAGAUCAAACUGUUCAUUGCUUUCGAUUGGCAACAGCUUUUCAUAAUGAAGAAAAAAUAAAGAACACUGAUUUAAGAAUUUUUCAGGCUUUAAUUCGCUUUUUAAACAAACAACGUUAUCGCGGAUUUUUAAAAAAUACUUAG